UCCCCCUCCACCCUAGCCCAAGGCCAAUCUAACUCAGUUGUUACCUUUUGAUAGCAAAACUCUGCACGCUCCAUCUCCUCCAGUUCCAUCCUGCAUCCCACUCCCGCCAUCCUGCGCAUCCCUACACAAACUCCAGACACAGUUGAACUCAACUUGUCACCGCCAUUGUUCAAUACCCUGGGCUCUUGCACAUCACACCUGGCCGUGGCAGAAGGCUGGUUCUUGCCUUUCUCUUCCGUGCUGGUGUUUUCUUUUCUCACACACACCCUCAUAUCCCCCUCUCAGCCUCAUUCAUCCCACGGCUCACCUCACUGCUGACCCGUCAAGGCCGUCACUUGCCCGCCUGCGAUUGUCACGCAACCACUUGUGCUUACACAACAGUUGGUCGAACGUCCCAAUUCACCCUCAUAUACACAGCGUUCUGCCUCAAUUUCUCUCGGGUGAAUCAGAAUCUUGUCUCACUGGGCAAUCACGCGUGAAGAGAGGCACAGGCACAGCUGCAAUCUUCCUUACCGGCUGCGGACAAUCUUUUCAGCCUGGUCACGUUGGCAGGGCAUUGCAGCCGGGACCUUUUACACGCCACAUGCCACCAUGAUUUCUUCGCGGAAUCCUCCUCCCGGGUCGCACGUUUUGAUCCUUCACGCUCCUUUACCUUGAAAAUUUGUUUAUCCUGAACCUUUUCUACAAGCCCGUCUCGAACUCUCGAGUUCGACGAAGCAGGAGAUGGACCGCCUGCAAACAGAAGAUGGGCAUCAUUUCAUACGGUCUCUGGCGCAGUUUAUCCGCCAACAUGAGAAAGCUCUCGCGAACAGCCUGCAGAUGUCUGUUCACAGACGGCAGGCCUCCCUCAAUAAUAACUCGACAAAUAGCUCUGCCCCGACCUCAGGUACUUCUUCCUCGAGUACAAAUACCUCCGCCAGCGCUCUAGCUGCAGCAUUUUCAUUUGCUGGCCUCUACUUUCGAUCCCACGCCGCAAAAGCGGCCCUGUUGACGCUGACUCCCCAUCAUCUCUUUUACCUCCUAUCUCGUAUGGAAGAGCUGGAUAUAGCUGUUGGCCCGAUGAACAUACGUCUAGAGAGUCUCACCAAUGAGCCUACACCCUCGAACUACGUGUCCUUCCUGCAAACUCACAAACCAGCCAAAGGCCGCAGUGACAAAGAUUCCAUACAUUCUGUGUCCAGCAUGCGCAGUGUCAUGUCGGGGAUGAGCUCGUUUUGGUCAUCAAUUGGCCUCGGAGGGAGCACAUCCAAAAGCGAGAAGGCCAAAGCCCUCACACAGGCGGAUCUAACCUACCUCUAUUCUGCAUUUACCAAGCUUCCUUCUUUACGCCUCACUACUGAUCACCGUGCGAGGCUGAUCAAGGGAUACGAGGAAUUUCCGUUCGAUACUGCUGUUCCGUUGUUUGCUUUCAAAAACCUUCAACAGCUGGACAUAGUGGAUCUCGAUUUCCGCCAAUUCUUCGGAUGGGAUCGAAUAUCGGAGCAGCUGACGCUGCUCACCGUGAAGCGAGCCAACGUCAGUGAUCCGACCGAGCUGCUCACAAACAUAGUUUUGGAUGACGCUGAAAAGCGUCGAAGGCGGUCCACUAAGGGCGGACGUGGGUCUCCCACCAUGUCUGCCUCCUGGACUGUACCGUCAACUCCACGAGCUGAAUACGCACAGUCGCAUUCCGAUCCGGGCUCCCCAGCACAUGGAAGUUUGGAUAAUGAAGACUCGAUGGAGCCAGGGUCCAAAACGAAGCCACUCUCAGGAAGCGUAUCUCCUAAACGGCCGAGCGCCUCUCGGCCUGCCAGCUCGUAUAGGCAUAUUCGGACUUACUCCUCGACGGUGAGAAGGACGGGUUCUGGCAGCUCCUACUCAAGCGAGUACUCGAUCCAGCCACACCGUAGCGAAAGCAGCACCAAUGUGCUGAGCUUAAAUGUUCUACCCCCCUCGAAAUGGCAGAGGCUGAAGUAUCUAUCCCUGGCAGACAACUCCAUGACCACUAUCUCAGCACAAAGUCUGGCGCCUGUAGCCAGCACUCUUCGAUCUCUCAAUCUCUCCUCUAACCUCUUCAACGAGAUCCCGGAUAGCUUGGCAUCUUUGACGAGGCUCGUUUCUCUUGAUCUGUCGAAUUGCAUGAUUGGUUCUCUCCAGUCACUGUCGAGAUCACCUCUACCCGCUAUUCUCACAAUUAACCUCAAAGGUAACCGCUUACGUUCGUUGGCUGGCGUUGAGAGGUUGCUGUCUUUGGAACAAUUGAACGUCCAGGACAAUCAGCUUUCAGACCCUAUGGAGAUGGCGAGGCUCACGGGCAUACCGAAUCUAAAGCGGAUUUGGGUCAAGCGAAAUCCAUUUACCAAGACGCAUUCUGAAUACCGGGUAACGACAUUCAAUUUGUUCCGAAAGACACCUGGGUAUGUCGAUGACAUUAUUAUUGAUGAGUCGGGGCCAGGUUAUUCGGAGCGCAAGCACUUGUCGGAUCGAGUCCCCGAGGUUGAGCGAGAGCUUUCGCAACCGUCCAUCCGGAUUGCUGAGCAUCCCGUAGUGGUUCAACAGUCCGAUCCGGCUCAGCCUAGCUCCAACGAGUCUCCGGAAAUUGUGCUUAACACGACGCGCCGGAAAAAAGCCCCUCGAAGACGGAUAGUCGAUUUGGCACACGAUGAAACUUUUGCCCGAGUUCCUGAUGAGGACUUGGCGGCGACGAUCACUCCGAGUGCCAGUAUUGUGCAUCGCGAGGACAUACCAGCACUCAGCGCUCCGGUCAUACCAACACCGGCAGAAGCAGUGGUGGACGAUAUUUUUGACGGGUCGACGGAGGCACCGUCUGUUGGCUCUAGCGAGCCAGCCCAACAACACGAUGACUACCGAUCGAAAGUGGAGGCACUGCGGCAAGAAUUUGGCAGCAACUGGCUGAGUGCCUUGGGCGACCAAAAUUGGCACAACAGCCAUCAUUUUGAAGUGUUGCAAGGGCAAAGCCUGAGCCAUGAUGCAUUGCAUCGGUCAGGACACCAGGUCAUUGUUUCUGGCGGUGGGCGGACACUGGGAUAAGUCCGCCUCCCAGACAUGUGUGAUUUCACUGCGUAUCUGCGGAAAUUUCUUGUUUGACAUUCUUACUAGAGGCCAUUCGUUGUCUCAGCCAUGAGGCCGUGGGUUUUUUGUGUUUGGUCUGCAUUGAUAUACCCAUUCGUUGCGAUUUUGCCGAAAGAAUUGGUGGUAUGUAUAGCUGGAUGGGGGAAACCAGUCGUCAAUUCUGUUGCUUAUUGCGCGGGCUGCAUGUUGCAUUCUACUCCGGUGUGUUGUUUGCAGCAUAGCGAUGGCGUUUUGGGUUCCACUGCGAAGAGCAUUUGUUACAGACUGCUUUUAUCAAUGUCUGCAUGAUUGCAUGAAAGCACGAGACCACGGGACUGGGUUGGAAGUUUAGUCUAUUUUUGCAAUGGAGAGUUGACUGCGUGAUCGUGAUUGAGGGAGCCGCCAAACCGAGUAAGGGCUCC